GUCACGCAUCGGCUACACACACACACACACACACACACACACACACACACUGAGAGUGAGUGAGGAUCUCUGUGCGCAGUGCGGAGCUGAAAACAUGAGCGGCUUUGCAUUGAUCAUCAGGGUCUGUGCAUGAUGCAUGAGACACACACAGGUGUGAUUUGACAGAGAUCAUGCGUGCGAUGCGCUCGAGCGUCUCUUCGCGGGGAAAGUGUCUUCAUGAGUGUCCAAAGUAACAGCAACAGCACUGGAAGUUUGGACGGAGCGCCAUCUUGCUCUCAGUUCUCGACUGGAUCUCCGACCCCGGGCUCGGUUUCUCCGCUCGAUAUCUGCGCUCCGCGGAGCCGUAAAGAAGGUAUGGAUGAACUGCAUUCUCUGGAUCCACGCCGGCAGGAGCUUUUGGAGGCACGUUUCAUCGGAGCAGUUAGUGGAAAUACAGGAGGAAGCACGGGGAGCGCGAGUGGAGGACCUAAAGGUUUGAACAAUAACGAAUGUUCCAGUCACAGUUUUGGCAGCCUGGGAUCAUCUAGUGACAAGGAGUCUGAGAGCUCUGACAUAAAGAAAGGAGGAUCGCCUGCGUAUUCAACUCCAGAGAAGAAGCACUCCGAGUCAUCCAGAGGAAGAAAGAGGAAGGUUGACAACCAAUCAGAGAGCAGCCAAGGAAAGUCUUCCGGCCGAGGGCCCAAGAUCAGCGAUUAUUUUGAUUUCCAGGGAGGAAACGGAUCAAGUCCAGUCAGGGGCCUUCCUCCGGUCCUGCGCUCACCACAGAACUCUCACUCUGCACCCGGCUCUAUCGAAACUAUCGGACAUCAAGAUAAACCAAAUAAAAAUGCGAACUGUGACCUCCGCAGACAGAUAGAUGAGCAGCAGAAGCUGCUGGAACGUUUCAAGGAGCGUCUGAACAAAUGCACUACGAUGAGUAAAAAACUGCUCAUUGAGAAGAGCACUCAAGAGAAGCAGUCCUGCCGUGAGAAGAGCAUGCAGGACCGGCUACGUCUGGGGCAUUUCACCACAGUCCGGCACGGAGCGUCUUACACGGAACAGUGGACAGAUGGAUAUGCCUUCCAGAACCUGGUCAAGCAGCAGGAGUGGAUAAACCAGCAGAGGGAAGAGAUCGAGAGGCAGCGGAAACUUCUAGCGAAGCGCAAACCUCCCAGCACACCCUUCUCCCAGAGCCCAACCCCCAAUGAGUCCAAACAGAGAAAGACCAAAGCCGUCAAUGGAGCCGACAACGACCCGUUCCUCAAACCCAGCCUGCCUACACUGCUGACUUUGACGGAGUAUCACGAGCAGGAAGAAAUCUUCAAACUGAGACUGGGUCAUCUCAAAAAGGAGGAAGCAGAGAUCCAGGUAGAGUUGGAGCGGUUGGAGCGUGUGAGGAAUCUGCACAUUCGAGAACUUAAAAGAAUCAACAAUGAGGACAGUUCUCAGUUUAAAGACCAUCCAACCCUAAAUGAAAGGUAUCUUCUCUUACACUUAUUGGGAAGAGGAGGUUUCAGUGAAGUUUAUAAGGCAUUUGACCUGUUUGAGCAGCGAUAUGCUGCUGUGAAGAUCCACCAGCUCAACAAGAACUGGAGAGAGGAGAAGAAGGAGAACUACCACAAACAUGCCUGUAGGGAAUAUAGAAUCCACAAGCAACUGGACCAUCCCAGAAUAGUCAAACUCUACGACUACUUUUCCCUGGACACUGACACAUUCUGCACUGUUCUCGAGUUCUGUGAGGGGAAUGAUCUCGAUUUCUAUCUGAAACAACACAAGCUGAUGUCUGAGAAAGAGGCUCGCUCCAUCGUCAUGCAGAUAGUCAACGCCCUCCGAUACCUCAAUGAGAUCAAACCGCCCAUCAUCCACUACGACCUGAAACCAGGUGAAAUCCUGUUGGUGGAUGGAACGGCAUGUGGGGAGAUAAAGAUCACAGACUUUGGCCUGUCUAAAAUCAUGGAUGACGACAGCUAUGGAGUGGACGGGAUGGACCUGACAUCGCAGGGAGCCGGAACCUACUGGUAUCUGCCACCAGAGUGUUUUGUCGUUGGUAAAGAACCUCCAAAGAUCUCUAAUAAAGUAGACGUGUGGUCUGUGGGCGUUAUUUUCUUCCAGUGCCUGUAUGGACGAAAGCCGUUUGGCCACAAUCAAUCCCAGCAAGACAUCCUUCAAGAGAACACCAUCCUGAAAGCCACCGAGGUGCAGUUUCCUGCCAAACCUGUGGCGAGCAAUGAGGCCAAGGCGUUUAUCCGCCGCUGUCUGGCUUACAGGAAGGAGGAUCGCUUUGACGUCCACCAGCUGGGCAGCGACUCGUACCUUCUUCCUCACAUGAGACGAUCCAAUUCAUCGGGGAACUUGCAGGCCAUGCCCGCAAGCCCCGCCUCUUCAGGAAUCAUCUCCUACUGAUUGGCUGAUCGAUCUUGAUUGACGGUUCUGAUGGCGAGUACCCUCCCUUCAUCACCUCGGGGUGGACAGGAAGGGGGAGGAGCUAUACAUGUCAGCUGUAGGACACGCCCACAGCGGCCACAGUGACUGCCAUUGAUACUGGGGCAGGAAUGGCUGAUGUCAUUUCCUGUGUGGAUCCAGAUGUCAGUCAGAGCUAGAACCUUUUGAAAAUGGAUAUUUGUUUUUUACCCAAGGCAUUUUGUGGAGUAGAUUUGGGAGGGUUGCGCUAACGUUUUAGCUACUUGUUGAUAUCCUCCCUGAGCUACACCUCUGUAAUGGGGUGUUUUGUUUUGUGUAAGUGUGAAAUUUAGAGACAAUUAAUUGUAGUGUGAUUGGAAAUAGAAGAAUGAGUGUUUUAAUGUGACACAACCGUGUCUGUAAGAGAAAUUGUGUGUGCGCGCGCGCGCCUGUAAAUGGAUGUUUUACGCCACAGCGUUAUAUGUUUGCUGUUCAUAACAUACAUGUGUUGGGCACAGAUUGCAAACAGUGGCACAGUGAUUGACAAGAUUGGGCACAGUGUUACAAAAAUGCUGUGUCUAUUUUACUUCAAAGUAACAUCUAUGAAAAAUGUCAGUUUGUUUAAAUAGGCUUAAUAUUUGCAAAAUGUGGAUCGGUGAAUCUCACCAAAAAUGUCCAGGUCACAUUUCACCCCAAAAUCAAGGGGGAAAAAAGUUACUUGAUUUCCGUGAAAGAAAUGGAAGUGUUUUUUUUUUUUACUUGAAAUGUUCA